AGAUUAUGUCUAAAGUUUAACUCUCUAACAAAGUCAUUUUGAGAGGGGAAGGGAAAGUAAACUAUUCCUUUGUUAAAAAAUCAGGAAAAAGAAAAGAAAAAGAAAAAAAAAAAACCGUUCUCUUUCUACACUCGCCGGAGAAACUUAACUCAACUGACGACUGAGUAAAUUUACUGACGAUUUUUUCCGUCCAUAUUUUUUUCUUCGACGGCGGUGUAAAUUUUCUUGUAAAGAUGAGUAGCUUGGUGGAGCGGCUUCGUGUAAGGUCAGAGCGAAGACCUUUGUAUAACCUUGAUAUAUCUGAUGAUGAAGCUGAUGUUGGGCCUGGAAAAUCGGGGCAACCUGCAGAGAAGCCUGAGAGGAUAGAUAGAGAAGAUGCAAAAGAAGACGCAUGCCAAUUAUGUGGGGAAAGCGGAGCUUUGAUCGAGUGUGAAACUUGUACUUAUGCAUAUCACCCAAAGUGCUUAGUUCCACCGUUGAAAGCACCCUUCUCUGCUAGCUGGAAGUGUCCUGAAUGCGUUAGUCCUCUCUAUGACAUUGAGAAAAUACUGGAUUAUGAAGUGCGCCCUACUGCAGCUGAGGAUGGUGACUCCGCUGUACUGGGUUCGAAGCAAAUAUUUGUCAAGCAAUACCUUGUAAAAUGGAAGGGAUACUCUUACCUGCAUUGCUCAUGGGUGCCUGAGAAACAAUUUAUAGAAGCCUAUAAAAUACUUCCUCGUCUGAAGACCAAAGUCAAUAACUUCCAUAGGCAAAUGUCAACAGCCAAUAAUUCAGAAGAUGACUAUGUUGCUAUUCGACCUGAAUGGACUACUGUUGAUCGGAUCCUUGCAUGCAGAGGAGAUGAUGAUGAAAAGGAGUAUUUUGUGAAGUGGAAAGAAUUGCAAUAUGAUGAGUGUUCAUGGGAAUCUGAGUCAGAUAUAUCAGCUUUUCAGCCUGAAAUUGAAAGAUUUCGAAAAAUACAGUCUAGGCGUCGCAGACAUUCUAAUAAGCUGAAAAACAUCUGUGAUUCAACAGAAUCCCAUAAGAAACAGAAAGAAUUUCAACAGUAUGAACAGAGUCCGGAAUUUCUAUCUGGUGGCUCAUUGCAUCCUUAUCAACUCGAAGGGCUGAACUUUUUACGCUUCUCAUGGUCCAAACAGACGCAUGUGAUACUUGCUGAUGAAAUGGGCCUUGGCAAGACUAUUCAGAGUAUUGCUUUCCUGACGUCUCUGUUUGAAGAAGGAGUUUAUCCCCACCUAGUGGUGGCGCCAUUGUCAACGCUGCGUAAUUGGGAGCGUGAAUUCGCCCUUUGGGCACCACAAUUGAAUGUUAUUAUGUAUGUUGGUUCUUCACAAGCUCGCAGUGUUAUACGUGAAUAUGAUUUUUAUUAUCCUAAAAAGUCUCUCUCUAAAAAGCUCAAGAAAAAGAAAUCUGGUCAGAUUCCAAUUGAAAGCAAACAAGAUAGAAUCAAAUUUGAUGUCCUCCUCACCUCGUAUGAAAUGAUCAACCUUGAUUCUGCAUCUCUGAAGCCAAUUAAAUGGGAGUGUAUGAUUGUGGAUGAGGGUCACCGCCUCAAAAACAAGGAUUCAAAGUUAUUCCUUAUGUUGAAGCAGUAUCAUAGUAAACAUCGGGUGCUUUUAACUGGAACUCCUCUUCAGAACAACCUUGAUGAGCUAUUCAUGUUGAUGCAUUUUCUUGAUGCUGGAAAGUUUGGAAGUUUGGAAGAGUUUCAGGAAGAGUUUAAAGAUAUUAACCAAGAGGAACAGAUUUCACGGCUUCAUAAGAUGUUGGCACCUCAUCUUCUUAGAAGGGUGAAGAAAGAUGUUUUGAAGGAGAUGCCACCUAAGAAAGAACUCAUCUUACGUGUUGAACUUAGUAGUAAGCAAAAGGAAUAUUAUAAGGCAAUUUUGACUCGUAACUAUGAGCUUCUGACUCGUAAGGGUGGUGGGCAGAUCUCUCUUAUCAAUGUGGUUAUGGAGUUGCGGAAAUUAUGUUGUCAUCCUUACAUGUUGGAGGGUGUUGAGCCAGUUAUACCAGAUUCAAAUGAGUCUUUCAAGCAGCUACUUGAAUCUUCCGGAAAACUGCAGUUGUUGGACAAAAUGAUGGUGAAACUUAAAGAGCAAGGACACAGAGUUCUCAUAUACUCUCAGUUUCAGAACAUGCUGGAUAUACUUGAAGAUUACUUGACAUACAAGAAAUGGCAAUAUGAACGCAUCGAUGGCAAGGUCAGUGGAUCUGAGAGACAAAUUCGCAUAGAUAGAUUCAAUGCCAAGAACUCUUCCAGAUUUUGCUUUUUGCUGUCUACAAGAGCAGGAGGUUUAGGGAUAAACCUUGCAACAGCUGACACUGUUAUCAUUUAUGAUAGUGAUUGGAAUCCGCAUGCUGACUUGCAGGCAAUGGCCAGAGCUCACCGACUGGGGCAAACUAACAAGGUCAUGAUUUAUAGACUCAUAACGAGAGGAACAAUUGAAGAAAGAAUGAUGCAGAUGACUAAGAAGAAAAUGGUAUUAGAGCAUUUAGUUGUUGGGAAGCUGAAGACUCAAAAUAUUAAUCAGGAAGAGCUAGAUGACAUCAUAAGAUAUGGCUCAAAGGAGCUUUUUGUUGAUGAAACUGAGGAGGCAAAGGCCCGUCAGAUUCACUAUGAUGAUGCUGCCAUUGAUAGAUUACUUGAUCGAGAGCGUGCUGGAGAUGAAGAGACUACCCUGGAUGAGGUGGAUGACAAUGGGUUUCUUAAAGCAUUCAAGGUGGCAAAUUUCAAGUAUAUUGAUGAAGCUGAAGCUGCUGCAAAGGAAGAGGCACAAAAGGCUGCUGCUGAGGCUAAAAGCACUAUAAAUAAUUCAGACAGAUCCACUUACUGGGAGGAUUUAUUAAAAGAUAGGUACGAGGUGCACAAAGUUGAGGAGUUCAAUUCUCUGGGAAAAGGAAAGAGAAGUCGUAAACAGAUGGUUUCCGUUGAAGAUGAUGACUUGGCUGGUUUAGAAGAUGUCAGUUCUGAUGGUGAAGACGACAACUAUGAGGCUGAUUUGACUGAUGGUGAGACGUCAUCUGGAGCUCCUUCUGGCAAAAGGUCCUACAGAAAGAGAGCUCGAGUAGAUGGCAUGGAGGCUUAUCCUCUGAUGGAAGGUGAAGGGAAGUCAUUCAGAGUGCUGGGAUUUAAUCAGAGUCAGAGAGCUUUAUUUGUGCAAAUUCUGAUGAGAUUUGGAGUUGGUGAGUUUGACUGGGCAGAGUUUGUGCCGCGGUUUAAACAGAAGACUUACGAAGAGAUCAAAGAAUACGGAGCACUUUUUUUGUCUCAUCUUGCAGAGGAAAUCAAUGAUUCACCAAACUUUUCAGAUGGUGUUCCAAAGGACGGACUUAGAGUUCAAGAUGUUCUUGUUCGAAUUGCAGUUUUGCUCUUGAUUAGGGAUAAGGUGAAAUCUGCAACAAAAAGCUCAGAUGAAUCCUUGUUUGAAGAUGAUGUUCUUUCACGUUAUCCAACACUGAAAGGUGGAAGGGUUUGGAAGAGAGAGCAUGACCUGAUACUACUGGGAGCAGUGUUGAAGCAUGGGUAUGGAAGAUGGCAAGCUAUUCUUGAUGACAAGGACUUGAAGAUUCAGGAUGUUAUCUGUCAGGAGUUGAAUCUUCAAGUGAUACAUCUUUCUAGUAUUGUUGGUGGUAAUCAUACUCAAAGUGGAACACACAUGGCUAAUGAGUCUUCUGGUGACAUGAUAAGGGGAACCGUAAGUCAAAAUGGUUCCGCUGCUGAGCCAGCAUCAGGGGGUACAGAUUCUACCACUUUAUUAUAUCAAUUCCGAGAAAUGCAGAGAAGACAGGUUGAGUUCAUUAAGAAAAGGGUGCUGCUUUUAGAGAAAGGCCUUAAUGCUGAAUACCAAAAAGAGUACUUUGGUGAUAAGAAAUCUAAUGGUGCCUGUGCCGAAGAACCUGGAAAUCUAAACAAAGCAGGGGGCAUGUCUACCACUGCUGAUCUUGUUGCUGGACUUGCGGACAAGCUUCCACGUUUAGAAAUGCUUGCUGCCGGAGAAAUAACUUCUGCUAGUUAUGAUACUGAUUCGAGACGCCAGCAACUGGCCGAACAUUAUAAUCAGAUCUGCAAAGUAUUGUCUGAAAACGAAAAGGUGUCGAUCAAAGCUUGUAUAAACAACGAAACUUAUCCGAAUUUGGGCAAGAUGCUUCAACAGCUAGAUGAGAUUCGUGGAAAGCUCAACCGAAUUUUCUCGGAACCUCAGAAUAACUCUACCAGCCAUGAACCUGUAUUGAAAAACCAGCAGCAGAACGAUGAAUCUCAGAGCACUGUUCCAGAAUCAGGUCAGCCAUUUGAUUCUAAUACUCAAUCUAAGGCUGAGAACAUGGAGUUUGAAGCAAUGCAGGCAACUGUCCAAGAAGAAAGCAAAGUCACCUCUUUAUCCGAGCAAACUACUAAGGAUGUCGAAAUGGCUGAAGCAGUCGAUCCAUAGAGGCCCAACAAUUUCUGAUGGAUCCACCCGGAAAGGCGAAGGCAAAUCAAGUCAAGUUUUGUACUAUUAUCCAGCUCUUUUGUGCAUCUUAUUUCUUCCACAUUGUAGUAGUGUAUUUAAAGAAAUUAAGCACUCUUUAAACCACAGGUUUAGUUCAUUGUUUAAUCUUAUCUAAACUUAGAUUAUAUGAAACCUCUCAAACUGUUUGUUCUUCAUCAACAUCCCGUGGGAUCUUCACAAUUUAAAUGGUGAAUGCAUCUUUCUAAAUAUGUUGCAAGGCAUGGUCUAGAGGUAGUUAUGUGGGUAGUUGUUAGCUGUUAGCCGUAAUUGUUGUAUAACUAUAGUUGUUAGAUAUUUUGCGGUUAAAUAGUCUUGUAAGAAAUAUUGUUUUUGAUAAAAGUAAUGGUUAUGGUAGUUAGAAUA